AGUACGAGUACCCACUCUGUCGGCCGACAGGGCCGACAGUGUGGCAUACAACUAACUGGUGUCAGGUGUGUGGGACACGACACGAAUAGUAGUGUUCAGCAGUAUCAGCAUCUCCGUGGAACGUGUGGUGGAGAACUGAUUUAGUGACAGCAGCUGUGGUGGCACGGAUCGCAACUAAACCAGCAGCGGUCACUGGCACGUAAGCAUCCUUGCAGUAAGGACAUUGUGUGGAAUUUUGUAAGACACAACAUGGAUGCAAUAAAAGCAGAGCCUGAUUCGGAAGACGAAACACAUCCAUCUGAGAUCAACACUCAGCAGGUUGAUGCAAAACAAGAUCCUUCAGAGCCUUUCACCUUUGUUGAAGUCAAGUGUGAAAUAGAGGAAGAGCAGCCAGGCGAAAACAGAUUUUGUAGCAGUGAUCAGCAUGAGCCUCCUAGUGACAGCAACGAGAAACAGUCCACCACUUCUAAUGGAACUGCAGUCAAGCAAACACAGACUGGAGAGAAUAUCUGUGUUCUGUGCAGUAAGCAGUUCUCAUCCAAGGCUAAAUUAAAGAACCAUAUUAUGACUCAUACAGGGGAUAAGCCCUUUCACUGUGCAAUGUGCAGCAAGCGAUUUAUUGAUAGCACGCACCUGAAGAGACAUUUCCGGAUCCACACGGGGGAACGACCCUUCCACUGCACUGUGUGCAACAAACAGUUCACUGACAAUGGCACACUGAAGACACACUUUCGAAUUCACACCGACAAGACUUUCCAGUGCCUGGUGUGCAGCAAGGUGUUCUCUUCUGACUGGGACCUGAAGAAACAUUGCCGCAUACACACAGGGGAGAAACCCUAUCACUGCACUGUGUGUGGGGAGCAGUUCUCUCGCAAUGACAAGUUGCAGGAACAUGUGCGCAUGCAUACUGGAGAGAAACCAUACACUUGUGAGGUAUGUGGGAAAGAUUUCUCUCGUAAUGACAAGCUGUUGAAGCACUCGCGGACUCACACUGGUGAAAAACCAUACCGCUGUGAGGUGUGCAACAAGCAGUUUUCACAGAGAGAGAGCCUGAACCGACAUACUCGGACACACACGGGGGAGAGGCCAUUUGAGUGCCAGGUGUGCACCAAGCGCUUUACACUGCGGGAACACCUCAAGAGACAUUCUCGCAUUUGUCCAGCACAACAGGCCCCUGAUUUAUUGCAUGGCCAGUCUUAAUGCAGACCUCUUCUGGUGUAGCAAUCACAAACCAGUCUUUGUCCUGUAUAUAGGCUUUGCUCAGAGAGCGUGCAGAAAUGUUCAUAACAGUUGUCCAAGCUGCUGGAUGUUUCCAUAACCUGUUUCCUUAAAUAAAAACAUGGAGUUACUAUGACAUCCAUCAGGCCUUAUCCCAUCAGUACACUGAAUAACUGUGAAUGUGCUUCAUUAUUAAUUUACUCUGACUUCUCAGUAUCACAUCGUUAUCUGAACUAGAUAUAGUUAUAAAAUUGUGGAGCAACAAAAACAUUGACCCACAACUCAUACAAGGAGGAGACAAAGCUUUAAAUUCAAAUACUAAACAAGUUCAGCAGUCAUUAAGGUAAAUGUUUCACAUUGUCUCAUUGUGCCUGGAACAUAACAAAAUGUCUGAAGUUCUUUUAAUUAUUUCCCAAAGUUUCUGCAUGCAUUUUAUGGAGACAUUGUCAGUCCUCUCCACAGUGCAUUCAGAAACUCUUAAUUCUCUUCUGUUUAUAGUCUGCAGACACUUCUACAUCUCUUGAUCCUUGGUCUGCAUUGUGUAUGGAUUGUCACUUUUCUCCUGCAUUAUGUAAUGACACGUGAUCUUUUCAUUUAAAACUAGCCACUGAUGUAUCUUUUUCUAGUGUGUCAGUCACUGAAGGUUGUGAGAACACUUUAAACUCUGUUUAACAGCAAUAGUAACAAGUUAAGCAAUGUUUUUGUGUUAUUUAUACAUUUAUUUUAAUGCUAGUGGGGUGGAACUAAGUCCCUUGUACUGUGGCCACUUCUGGCCUAUUGUACC